AUGACAUUAUUAUUAUUUCUCUUUGGUUUACUCGUGGAACGAAGAAUGGAGAACCUCCCACGUCGUAGAAGUAAAAGACCCGCCACGGUGGCUGCACGCUCGAUCACGGAGCGUUCUUCGGAUAACGAGGAAUCUUCGUCAGAUCCAAUAGACAGCAGGCCAGCCGAGAACAUAAUUAAGGCUGUUGAAUACGCACCGUGUAAAACUACUAUCAUUGAUACCAUUACCACCGACGACGAUAUUUCUAGAUGUGUUGGAUAUAAAGCAAACAUUUAUGACACUAGUCUUGUAGUAUGUACUUGGAAUGGAUGUAAUCGCUAUUUUACGAUAUGGAAUAAGUUUGUUUACCAUCGCACAAGAGAGCAUAAUACUACGGAUCUUGCUAAAAAUAUUUGGGUAUUCGGUAAUAUUAAAAAAGGCGAGAGCGGCAAUUCAGCGUCUGGAGAAACUAGCGGGAGUGGAAAGGAUGGACUAACUGGAAAGGGAGCAACAGUAUCAUCCGAGGAUAAGAAUACUGGAGAGAGUAGCACAAUGGACAAUGGGGAAAAAUUGGAGGAGGCUGCGCCUAAGACGAAAAAAGUGAGACAGAAUACAGGACCACUACCAGAGAUGAAUUCGCAAAAUGAUGCCGCAAGUGGUAGUAAGCGCUUACGCGAACAGGAAAGUGAAGAACAAAAUCAGCGACAAACAUCAUCCUCACCUACCUCGUCUUCAUAUUCAAAUGUUCAACAAAAUUCCCAGAAAACACAAUAUAAUAAUACUUCCCAAUCACGCACGCAUUCUUUACAACAACAGGAAAAACAACCACAUACAAUUCCCGAACGCCCACGACAUCAACGCAGCUCCCGCCAAGGACUUUCUCAAUCCCAGGCGAAUAAACUUGCAUCUUCAUCUGCAUCAUCCAAUUCCCAUCCGGUCUAUAGCCUUGCAUAUGAUGCAACAGAGCCACGAUAUUACACAACACUGAUGAUACCACCUGCAGGGUAUGGAAUAGGCCCGUACGGUGAGAUACAUCCGCCGCCACCAAGAUAUGAUGGGUAUGGCGAGAUGGCGUAUUCGGGGUUUUAUAAUGGUCCAGGAGCGGGCAAUGGGCAUAGAAGAUUUAUGGGUAGUAUGGGAAGUAUGGGAAGUCAACAACCGCCCAGGAGAGGGAGGUAA